GGGAGCCGCGGAGACACACACAAGCGUCGGACACACAGACACGCGCACACACAGACCCGAUGACCAAAUUCUCCUACUCCGAGUAUUUAUCGCAGUUUCGUAACGCGGGAAAUAAAUGUGGUCAGACGGAGUCGCGACUGAGAGACGACGAUGGAGGCGGCGAGGACGGUGACCCGGCGGUCGCUGCCGUCAGGAGCGGAGACUUGGCGGCCGUCCAGCGGCUGCUGCCUCACCGCCUGACGAGGGAGAACAAAGAUGGGUGGAUCCUCCUGCACGACGCUGCUUUCUGCGGACAAAGCGAGUGUCUGAAGAGUCUGCUGGCAGCUCAGCCAAGCUCCGUGGACAAGAGGACCCUCCAGGAGCAGACCCCGCUUCUCUUGGCCGUGUCAUGUGGUCACUUGUCAUGUGCCCGGGUCCUCCUAGAGGCCGGCGCCGACCCGGACAUCAGCAACAAGAACAAAGAAACGCCUCUAUACAAAGCGUGCGCGUCAGAGAAUGCAGACAUGGUGGACCUCCUACUCUCGUUCGGGGCCUCGGUGAACCAGAGGUGCUGUCAGGGGUGGACGGCUCUUCAUGAAGCCGUCUCCAGGAACAACACCGAAAUCUGCGAGGUUCUGAUCCGAGGUGGCGCCGAUGUGAAUCCGGCCAACACCUACAGCGUCACGCCUCUGAUCACAGCGGCGCGUCGAGGACACAUGGGGGCGCUGAAGUACCUGAUCGGAAAAGGAGCUGACGUCAACUUGCAGACAUGCGAUGGCGUCACCGCGCUGCAUGAGGCCGCCAAACAUGGACACCAGGAAGUGGUGGCCGAGCUGCUGAGGAACAACGCUGACGCUAACACUGCCACUGACGGGGGAUUCCUGCCGCUACACGUGGCAGCGCAGCACGGUCACCACCAGAUCGUGUCCCAGCUGGUCCCCGUGACGAGUCGGACCAGACUUCGGCACAGCUGCGUCACCCCUCUUCACCUCGCCGCGGAACACGACAGCCGCACGGCGGCAGCUGUUCUGCUGAAGACCGGGUCGGAUGUCAACGUCAGCCUGGCCCACCACAGCUCCCUCCAGUACACUGACCGACGGCGGACGCCACUCAGUUUCGCCGCCGCCAAUGGCAAUGCAGAGAUGGUGGACCUGCUGCUGGACGCCGGGGCCCUACUGACCCUUGACCCGGUCAGUCCUCUGCUCCUGGCGGUGCGUCGGGGCUGCCUCAGAACGGUGACCCGACUGCUGGAGCGCGAGGCAGACGUGAACGUCAGGGUCUUGACUCACAACACCACGUUCCCAGCUGCCAUCGCUCUGUGCGCCGACAAUCCUCCGCUGCUGCAGCGCCUCCUAGCGUACAGCUGCGACGCUCGCUCCUGCUUCACGUGCAGAUACGGCACCAAACCUCACCCAGAGAAAGGCCAUGAAAACCCUCACAACAUCCUACCUCCAAACACAAGCCGGUCCACAGAUGAACCCACUCAGUUUUGCGAGUGGAUCUCGUCGCCAGCCGUGAGCAAACGCGCCGGCCCAGUCCUCGACCUGCUGCUGGACCACGUGGACCAGGUUCAGCCAUGUAGCAGACUCACUCAGGUCCUGAGUGCCCGAGAAGACUGGGCAGCGGUUCUGAACAAGACAACAUCUCCUCGCCCACUGCUCCACCUCAGCAGGAUAACAGUCCGGCGUCAGGUGGGGCGUCACAGACGCCUCCUCAGCCUCCCACUGCCCGACAGACUCAUCCGCUACCUCACCUUCUCUGAUCUCCAAAGUGACACCGACGUCACAGACGCAAAUAGCUCCUUCUUUUUUUAGCCGCUUCAAAGCUGGCGUGUGUCCACUUGAUCUAUUUAUAAGAGGCCUGAUGUGAAGUCCGUUUGUUCCGCGGCACCGCACCAAACCGUGGAAAUAAACCUGGAGAGUAGGAAUCCAUCCUCUUUGACGCUGACCCACAUUCUAUUCUGAUGAUUCUAAAAGUAGAAAUCUUUAGCUUCGUUCACACCCACAAACUCAGAGUAGUCAGAGACACGGACGCGUUCACACACGCACAAUAAUCUGACUCAGGUCGGCUUUUAUAAAGGGAGUCAUAAUGUUACAGCCGCUGUGAUUAUCCAUUUAACAGAUUUCAUUUGAUAAUACUUUUUGAACAAUUGUUGACUUCAAAUUUCAGUAUUUCAUUUUUACUUUUUUCAUUUUGACAUUUUAAUCUCAGAAUAUUUGACAUUUGAUCUUGUUGCUCAUUUUAAUGUAUAUAUUUCCCAGUUUCUUUACUUUUAUUUUUUAUUUGAUAUAUUGGUAUU